CUUUUCUGUCAAGCUACACUCUGUGUUUGGUGCUAGAUCGGUCAACAGUGUCGGCGGUUGUUAUUACGGACGAACAAGAAGACACUGAAUUCUUCCUAUUAACUUGUACAUAUAACAAGUCUCUCUAAUAUAUCUUAUAUAUUCUCUAUUUUAACGCGUACCUUAGAAAAUAAUAAUAAACAAACAUGUGUGACGAAGAAGUUGCCGCACUCGUAGUUGACAAUGGUUCCGGUAUGUGCAAAGCUGGUUUUGCCGGAGACGAUGCACCUCGUGCCGUCUUUCCAUCCAUUGUCGGCAGACCACGCCACCAGGGUGUCAUGGUAGGCAUGGGACAAAAAGAUUCGUACGUUGGAGAUGAAGCUCAAUCUAAAAGAGGUAUCCUUACUUUGAAAUAUCCGAUUGAACACGGAAUCGUUACCAAUUGGGAUGACAUGGAAAAAAUUUGGCACCACACUUUCUACAACGAACUUCGAGUAGCACCAGAGGAGCACCCAGUUCUCCUUACGGAAGCUCCAUUGAAUCCUAAAGCAAAUCGCGAAAAGAUGACGCAGAUCAUGUUCGAAACAUUCAAUACACCAGCUAUGUACGUCGCUAUUCAAGCUGUACUAUCUUUGUAUGCUUCCGGUCGUACCACCGGUAUUGUAUUGGAUUCCGGUGACGGUGUAUCUCACACCGUUCCGAUUUACGAAGGAUACGCAUUACCACACGCUAUCCUUCGUCUCGAUUUGGCCGGUCGUGAUCUUACCGACUACCUCAUGAAAAUCCUCACCGAGAGAGGAUACUCAUUCACCACCACGGCCGAACGUGAAAUUGUACGUGACAUCAAGGAAAAACUUUGCUACGUCGCAUUGGACUUCGAACAAGAAAUGGCUACUGCAGCAUCAUCAUCUAGCUUGGAAAAGAGCUAUGAACUUCCCGAUGGUCAGGUUAUCACCAUCGGCAACGAAAGAUUCCGUUGUCCCGAGGCAUUAUUCCAACCAUCGUUCUUGGGUAUGGAAGCUUGCGGAAUCCAUGAGACAACUUACAAUUCAAUCAUGAAGUGCGAUGUCGAUAUUCGUAAGGACCUCUAUGCUAACACCGUUCUCUCCGGUGGUACCACCAUGUACCCAGGCAUCGCUGAUAGAAUGCAGAAGGAGAUCACUGCCUUGGCUCCAUCCACCAUGAAGAUUAAGAUUAUUGCACCACCUGAAAGGAAAUAUUCCGUAUGGAUCGGUGGAUCCAUUCUCGCCUCGCUAUCCACCUUCCAGCAAAUGUGGAUCUCUAAGCAAGAGUAUGACGAGUCUGGGCCAUCCAUCGUUCACAGGAAGUGCUUCUAAAUGCAUUUGAUAUUCCUUUUCCCAUACUAUCAUUCCCCGAAGUCCCGAUAUGCGCGGGAUCGUAGUGCGGUGAACGGCCCUUCGCGCCCCCGAGCUAAUAUCUCGAGGUUCACUACACUACCCAGCAGCGUGUGUGGUGGGUGGCCUCGCGCGAUGCAAUGGAAGUAAGUUAUGACCUUUGCUCUUGCGUUAUUAAAAGGAAGAAAAAAAAAA